CUGCUUCGCACGGCUUCCAGACCUCUAUGACUCCUCCUACAACCAGCCGGAGAUUUCAUGUCCGUAAAAAACUGGUGAGGGAUUCUCCAGUGCUCAUACAUAAUUCCAUACAACAUAACGUUGGGCAGGUUGUGGGUGUCUACGACAGACUAGGCUACUUUGUAACCAUUACGUUACAACACUAAACAGUCCUCUAGGUGUAGCCCGCCUCUGCGCGUCACGCUCUGAACGCAUUUUAUGAGAUCUCCCGAGUAUCCUAUCCUGUCCUCGUCAUUCCGCUGGAAACAAAGACCAACUUAAACUGGAAGUAUGUAAAGUUGAGAUGUACGGGUGAACAUGGUUGAAUGAUAUGUGACGUCGGUCCGGGACUAAAGCAGCCUCAUGUAAAUACUCCCUAAAAGCCUUCCACAGAGUUUGGACAAAUAAGCGGCUUGUUCUUACCCAUUGGAAAUGUUCACCCGCGGAUCCAAAAAGCGACGCUCUAAUCGUACGGAGGAGCUUGAGGAUCCUGAUCGGGGGCAGCCAUGUCUGCGCUGUGGGGACCAGUGUCCGGGGCUCCGCAUGCAUGGAUGGAGGAAGAUCUGUAUCCACUGUAAGUGUGUGCGUGAGGAGCAUGCGGUGCGCUCCAUGCCGGGGCAGCUGGAGAGGAUGAUGAUGAAGCUCGUGUCCGACUUCCAGCGCCACUCCAUCUCCGACGACGACUCGGGCUGCGCCUCCGAGGAGUACGCCUGGGUACCGCCCGGCCUCAAGCCAGAACAGGUGUAUCAGUACUUCAGCUGUAUUCCUGAGGACCGUGUGCCCUACGUGAACAGCCCAGGGGAGAGGUAUCGCAUUAAACAACUCCUCCACCAGCUACCAGCCCAUGACAGUGAGCCUCAGUACUGCACAUCUCUGGAUGACGAGGAGAAGAAGGAGCUGAUGGUCUUCAGUCAGCAGAGGAAGAGAGAGAAUCUGGGCAGGGGCAUGGUCCGACUGUUCCCCGUCACCAUGACAGGGGCUAUAUGCCAACAGUGUGGUAGGCAGAUCCGUGGCGGGGACAUAGCGGUGUUUGCCGGGCGCGCGGGGCACGGCACGUGUUGGCACCCGCAGUGUUUCCAGUGUUCCACGUGCAGCGAGCUCCUGGUGGACCUCAUCUACUUCUACCAGGACGGGCAGAUCUACUGCGGGCGCCACCACGCCGAGAGGGUCAAGCCCCGCUGCCAGGCCUGCGACGAGAUCAUCCUGGCUGAUGAGUGCACGGAGGCGGAGGGGAGGCACUGGCACAUGAAGCACUUCUGCUGCUUUGAGUGUGAGGCGGCUCUGGGAGGCCAGCGCUACAUCAUGAGGGAGAGCCGCCCCUACUGCUGCACCUGCUACGAGGCCCUGUACGCAGAGUACUGCGACACCUGUGGAGAACACAUAGGUAUAGACCAGGGCCAGAUGACGUAUGAGGGGCAGCACUGGCACGCCUCGGAGUCCUGCUUCUGCUGCGCGCGCUGCCACCUGCCCCUCCUGGGUCGCCCCUUCCUGCCCAAGGGGGGGCUCAUCUUCUGCUCGCGCCCCUGCUCUCUCGGGGAGGACCCCGACAACUCUGACUCCUGCGACUCGGCCCUCCAGGGCCACACGGGAAGCCAGAAAUCCCACAACCACCACAGCCCGCAGCUCCAGCAGGACUCUGAACACCAGCAGCAGCAGCAGCAGCAGCAGCCACUGCAGCACAGUUCCCCUCUACGGCCACAAGAGGGCGCCAAAAACCUCUCAGCGGCCAUCAUCAGCACCUCUAUACCAGUGGGGAAUAACUACUCUCACCCGUCAGCAGAAAGCAGAGGUGUGUGCAUCCCUUCUUCUCACUUAUCCAACGGGCACUCCUCCUCUCACGGCCUGUCAGUCUCAUGCCAUUCAGACUCCCAUCCGCCCUCCCCUGUCCCUCUUCUGUCCAAUGGCUGGGCAGCAUCUUUGCCGGUUAGCCAAUCACAUGACAGCUUGCGCCCAGGAAGUGGCUGGGUUGAGCACCCAAUCAGCUGCCCCGAGAAGAGUGGUUACUCUGAUUUUGAACCCCCCAGUUAUGUUUCAAGGGGCACUUCCACUGCAAAGGAUUGUGGGAAAGGGCUUGAAAAAAGCAUUAAAGGGUACCCCCCGCCCCCGUACCCCUCUCCAGUGUUGGGGGACGCCCUGAGCCCCUCCGCACCCUUCCCUCCCCCUCCUUCUCCUCUUCUCCUAAACGGGCCUUGUGAUUCGCCAGCCCUGACCCCUACCCUGCCCUCUACACCCGAGCCACGCCCCUCUGCUCCUGUGCCCCAAUCAGGACGCCGUGGCGCGCGGGUCAGCUUCCGCGAGCCAAUCAGCUGCAGCUAUUCUGUAGAGAUGGAAGAGGAUGAGGAAGAUGAAGAGCUGAGAGGAGAGGGGGAGGAGGAAGAGGAGGAAGAGGAGGCAAUGGGGGGGUUUGGCCGGAGGCUCCGUCUCCAUAAAGGCGUCCCACCUCACAUGGACCUGCUGGAUGGCUCGUACCACCGCAGCAUGCGUAGGGGUGGCGCCCUGGGCCACGGGCGUGUACCAUCCGACUCCCCCCUCCACCUGGGCACGGAGCGACGCUUCCGACGCCCCCGCUCCGACCGGCCGCGGCUGGAGUCGCUGGACUUUCGCCGGGGGGGUGAACGGCGGAGCGCGGGGUCAGAGGUCGCCGGGGUCACGCUGGGCACCUCCGUGGAGAGCCCCGACCAGCCGGGCGCCCCCCCCCUCACCCUCCAGGCCUCCCACUACCACCGGCACGAGGACUCCUGCUCCACCUGCUCCUCUUCCUCCGACUCCGAGGAGGACGGCUACUUCCUGGGGCAGCCCAUCCCUCUGCCCCCACAGCUGCGCCGGUCACCCCUGGGGGAGGGGGGCCAGGGAGACGCACAGGAGAAGGAGGGGGAGGAGGAGGGGGAGGAGGAGGAGGAGGAGGAGGAGGAAGGUGUGGCGAGGGACUGGGGCGGGCUGAGAGGAAGCCUGAGGAGGAGGAGACGGACUCACAGUUUCAGCGCCAAAGACAAAGACAAGAACUGCGUGGUCUCCUGAGAACAGCUCUGGCGGUUUCCAGAAGCUUCUACCUCCAGACACACACACACAAAAAAAAUCUGUUCUAAAGUCUCCUGCCUGUCAUGGAAAUCAGAAUGAAAUGGUCAUUUCUCUCCCUGGUUCCAGGUGCAGUGGCAGAGUCCAAGAGGUUUUUUAUAAACAUAAAGUACUCUUUGAGAGGUGAGAGAGACCCUGCUGGGCCUUGACUGAACUUGAGGAACGGGCAUUAGUAGACACACACACACACACACACACACACACACACACAUGUAGACACACACACACACACA